UUAAAUAAAAUACAAAUGAAAUAGUGAUUUUUGUAGGAGUAAUACAAUACUUACCAAAAUAUGAAGUAAAAAUCCUUAGGUAUAGACCGGUCUGCACGAAGAUCGAUCCGCAGUGAAAUGUGAUUUUACUCUUUGUGGAAACCCUAAAGUUGAUAAAUUCUUCAUCAAUGAAGUGGUAAAUUAAAGCAUUUGCAUGUUCAAUUUGCUAUUGUAGCCUGAAAUUCAACGAAUUCCAAUCAAUAACCAGUGCCGUUUUGAACAUGUCUGCGUCAAACGACGGUGACAAAGAUGAGAGGAAACGUAAUCUCCCUUCAUGGAUGAGUUCAAGACCCGGUUCAAGCGGUUCGGGUCACAGUAAAUCAACUGAUGAAGACAAUGCCAAAACACUUUCCAACGAAGCUAAAUUCUCUACCUCGACUUCGAGUGGUUCAAAUUUCUCAAAACUUAUGGAUGGGGUUGUAUUUGCCCUAUCAGGUUUUGUCAAUCCCGAGCGUGGUACAUUAAGGUCCCAGGCUUUAGAAAUGGGAGCCAAGUAUCAACCUGAUUGGAACUCAAACUGCACACUCUUGAUCUGUGCAUUUUCCAAUACCCCAAAGUUUCGGCAAGUUGAAGCAGAUAAUGGAACAAUUGUAUCAAAGGAGUGGAUAAUAGAGUGUUAUAAACAACGAAAACUUGUUGAAAUUGAACCUUACCUUAUGCAUGCUGGCAAACCAUGGAAACGUCAAAGUGCCUCUCAUGAAUCUGGCCAAGAUCAAAAACCAUCCACAUCUAGAAAGUCUCAUACAAGAGCAGAAAAAACUUCACCUCUUGAGACAACUACUACUCCUUCAUCUGAGGAGGUACAUUGUGAUAAAGUAAAAGAUGCUUUCUCUCCAUCUAAAGUGAAAAGAUGGGCUAUAGAUGAUCUUAACCGGACGAUAUCAUGGCUGGAGAAUCAAGAUGAAAAGCCAGAGCCCCAUGAGAUGAAGACAAUAGCUGCUGAGGGAAUUCUAACCUGUUUACAGGAUGCCAUAGAUUCUCUUAAGCAAGGGCAGGAUAUGCGUCAAAUAACUGAGCAGUGGGAAUGCAUCCCUCGGGCGGUUGAGGAGUUGGCUAAGUUCGAUGGGAGUUGUGUUGGUUCAGCUAAACUACACAAGGAUCUUUGCAAACAAGCUGUGACCUGUAAACAAAUUUAUGAGCUGGAGUACCGAAAUAGAGAAGACGAUGAGCAGAGGACUUGUGUGAGUGGAAAGGCUAGUGACAUUGCCAAAGUUAAUGCUGCAUAUGACAGCGAUGAUACAAUUGAGAUGACAGAAGAUGAAAUUAACCAAGCUUAUAAUACCGUAGCAUCUACCAUUAAAAACACUUGAACGAGUGUGAAAAUGGGGAGUAGAGUAGACGGAUAUCUGCUUAACCUAAUUUUCAAUCCUUUCUCCUCAUUUUUUGGUUGUUUUAUUUCUUUUGGCCUGUAAAUGGAGGAAAGAGAUGGUAGUUUUAUAUUUGAACAGAGCAUCAACAUCCAAGAGUUGUCAUCUCUUGUUAUAAA